AUGCAAGCCGCCGCCGACGCCGUCAAGAGCGCCGUCCAGAACACGGGCGCGUCGUCUUCCGGAUCCUCGACUGUCCAGGACAAGUUCUCGCAGGGAUGGAAGCCGGAUGCGAAUGCUGAGAAGGCGGCGCAGGGUGGAGACGACUCGCGCCCGCCCGGCACUCAGCACACCAUGAAGGACAAGCCCGUCGACGACAUCCUUGCUGACGGCACCCCGUACAAGCCUGCUGCCAAGCUCGAGGGCAAGGCGAUCCUCAUCACCGGCGGAGACUCUGGAAUCGGCCGCGCGACUGCCAUCCUUGCUGCUCUCGAAGGCGCCAACGUUGCCAUCGCCUACUUGCCUCAGGAGCAGAAGGACGCCGACGACACGAAGGCGUACAUCGAAAAGCGCACGAACAACCAGUCCAAGGUCCUCCUCCUCCCGCUCGACCUCAAGUCCGAGGCCAACUGCAUCAAGGCUGUCGACGAGACUGUCGCCAACUUUGGUCGCCUCGACGUCUUGUUCAACAACGCCGCCCAGCAGCUCGAGAACAAGGACAUCACGACGCUCGACUCGAAGCAAUGGGAGGACACCUUCCAGAUCAACAUGCACCACAUGUUCUACACCUCGAAGGCUGCGAUUCCUCACCUUGCCAAGACCAAGGGCAACAUCGUCAACAACGCUUCGGUCAACGCCUUUAUCGGCCGCCCCGACUUGCUCGACUACACCUCGACCAAAGGUUCCAUCGUCGCCUUCACCCGCGGUCUUGCGAACCAACAGGCUGAGAAGGGCAUCCGCGUUAACGCCGUUGCUCCCGGUCCGAUCCUCACCCCGCUUGUUCCUGCGACGUUCUCCCGCGAGAACCUCGAGGGCACCAACGCUGUCCCGCUCGGACGUACCGGCCAGCCUAUCGAGAUUGCGGCGCCUGUCAUCUUCCUCGCUUCCUCGCACGCUAGCUAUAUUACCGGGACGACGAUCAUGUGCAACGGCGGGCAGGCGAGUCCGCUUUCGCAGAAUAGCCGCUGCCAACGUCGCUGA